UAGGGGCUUGCCCUGGACCGAGCUUUGGCCGGACCGCAAUCAGCAGCUGGGCAGAAUUAGUGGGGCUUUGCUGCACGCCAGUCUUUUGGAGCAGCCGCCGAAAUUCUGAAAUACUCGUCUCUCCAUCACACACUUUUCUUGAGAUUUCCCAGAACACUCAAGAAAUCGCCAAGAUGGUCAAGAAGAGAAAGAAUAACGGCCGCAACAAGAAGGGCCGCGGCCACGUCAAGCCUAUUCGGUGCUCCAACUGCUCGCGAUGCACCCCCAAGGAUAAGGCGAUCAAGCGCUUCACCAUCCGCAACAUGGUCGAAUCCGCUGCCAUUCGCGAUAUCUCGGACGCUUCGGUGUUCGCUGAGUACACGGUUCCCAAGAUGUACCUCAAGCUGCAGUACUGCGUCUCUUGCGCCAUUCACGGCAAGAUUGUCCGUGUCCGAUCCCGCGUGGGCCGCCGCAACCGUGCUCCCCCCCCUCGUGUCCGGUACAACAAGGACGGCAAGAAGGUCACCCCUACCCAGGGUGCGAAGACCACCACCGCUUAGUCGGCGGCUGAGUAACGAUCUUCGGGGUUCUAGGGCGUUCGCGUUGGUGGCAUUCGGUUAUUCGGAUGAUUGAUGGUCUUGACAAAGCGACAUGAUAUGACGACUGGCUUCGCCUGGCAGAUCUGGCAACACGGAAACGGAUUGGCAUUGGGGUUCUCAAAAGUCAAAGGGAUCAUAGAGCCGUAGUCACCAAUUCAGCGCACUUGUUGUGUAGAUGAACAAACAUGCCAUGCCCAAUCGUGCUUGAUGGGGUGCCAUA